GUUGUUUUUGGUAGUUCAUUCAUAAAGAGAACCGGUUUUGACUGGUGUGAAUUUAGCGCCGGUGUUGUUUGCUUAUAACUUUCUAUGAUGAUCAUCGCGUGUGUGUGUACCUCAAGCCUCAAGCCUCCAAUAGCUUUCUUCCGUAUCUGUUCCCAUUUUAAUAUUCUCUUUCGUCCCACUUGUUUCAUGUCCUCUGCGAUCAGUCCCAUUCUCUCUCUGUCUCUCUCAUUAUUCCCUUUACAAUAUAUUUGAUUCUCUCACAUACAAUUCAUUACUUGUCAAUAGAGGAUUCAAUUUCAAUUUCUGGGUAUCACUUAAUUUUCCUCAAUUGUUUUCUUGAUAUCCUCUUCUCUAUUUUAAAGUUUUAAAGGUCUUUGCUUUCUUGAUGGUUUGAGGAGAUGGGUUUUUUCGUUGACCCGUCAAGAGGUUAAAAUUUUAUUGAAAUUCGUGGUGGUGGCGGUGGUGGCGAAAAGAAAAGGAGAGAGAAAACAUGAGGGAUUUUGCUGGGGCUCCAGGGACUUUGACUGGACUUGCUUUGAGGCUUUCGCAGUGUGUUUUCGCAGCUGGCUCCAUUGCUGCCAUGACCACCACCACUAACUUCUUCAAUUCCACUUCUUUCUGCUACCUCAUUGCUUCGAUGGGUUUGCAAAUCAUCUGGAGCUUUGGACUAACACUAUUGGAUGCAUAUGCCUUGGUGAGAAAGAGGACCCUCCACAACACUGUCUUGCUCAGCCUUUUUGUCGUUGGAGACUGGGUGACCGCAAUAUUGUCUCUUGCAGCCGCUUCAGCUUCAGCAGGCAUCACAGUGCUGUACUUUCAUGACUUGGGGAGUUGUGAUUUUGUGAGGGAAUGCCAGAAAUACCAAAUGUCAGUUGCCUUGGCCUUUUUUAGCUGGAUAACAACUGCAAUUUCAUCUCUAAUCAUGCUUUGGCUAUUCGCUGCAGGUUAGACAGUAGUGUAUAUUCAUGACACUGAAAGCCAUCUUGUCUCGUAGAAAUUUUGAUCUUCUUAACACUGUCAAUACAAAAGAAAACAAGAAGAAUAAAAUAAUGAUUUUCAAAACUUAUUGUGAUUUGGUUUA